AUGCAUCUGGAGCACUUGAUGAGCUCGACUACCGCUGUUUCGUGGUCAAAGAUAGGACUUAUUGCUUAUGGUGAUGCCCAGAGCCAAGACGGCAAUCUUUGUAUCACUUUUUUGGAAACGGUGAAUGGUAGCAACUGGCGAUUCCAUCCACCUAAAAAGUAUGUGAUCCAUCCUCAGCUCCAUGAAGACCAGAGUAGCAAUGGGAAUCCCAAGAGCCCGCUAUUUUUCCACGAUUUGCGCUCCAUGCACUGGAACAACUGGGGCCUCCUUAACGGGGAGCUGCUGGCAGUAUGUGAUGAGUUGGGAAACAUGACAGUACUGGCUGCAGGCCAAGGGCUUAACGGGAACGGUGCAUAUGACCGGCUUUCGGUGCUAUUCCAAGAUAACAUAUUCAAGAUCCAUAACCAGGUCCUCCCACUGGAAUCCGUGCCGAAAAAGGAUGCCACGCCGAAGGUGGAGCGGAAGCAUACGAAAAAAGAGUACUACUCGACCAUCCUGGAUUUUCAAUGGAUAGGGAACCAGAAACCCAGCGUUGCACAAGUUGCUGCCCAGCGGGACCGUACCAAUAAUAUUUUCAAGAACCAGAUGCAUCAGUGUCCCCCUUACGGAGUAUUCCAUCCAGCGUCCAUAAAGAGCGCCUGCAUUGCGAUAAGAAGGAACGGAUAUAUAGAUUUAUGGUACCAGUUCUCUAACACAUUAGAUUUUAAAAAGAUAUCGUUGCAGCUCUCAAAGGACAAGGAAUCAGAGUGGCUACAAUACGCACAAAUUGCACAUACGGACAAGGAGCAAUGCUUUCUAAUUGGUGUAUUCUCUAAUGUGGCGAAGAGCUUUGCGUUUUACGAGUUGUUGAUAAACUGGAAUGUAAAUACCACAAAUCAAGCUAUGUUUCAUGAUCCCAAGUUAACGCUCAGACAUAUACUGCGGGUUAGGCCCGAUGCCCUGGGUCCCAAUGGUGAGCUACUGAAGCUAGAGAACUUCCAUGUUAUAUCAAAGACUGCACUGCCUGGUACAAGGCCUGAGAUUCUGAUUUCGUAUAAUAUUCUCGGCACCGAAAGGUCGCUCGUGAGGAGGUUCCAAAUGGUACUAUCUAACCCAGAUAUGGUAUUUUUGUCUUCACUUGGCCUCGCCAUAACUGCACUACACAACAACCAUAGUGUGCUGCGCUAUAGUAUGAAGCAUGUUCAAGAUCUUACUUUUGAUUCGAAAAUCAUGGAUAUCCAAUCACAUUCAUUAGACGCACUUGUGUGCUUUAGACUGCAUAACGGACGAUUCCAACUUUACAACAGGCAUACUUGGGCAGUAGAAAGCGAGACAGCAGAUGCUAAACAGAUAGGCGGUUAUACAAAGGAUACUAUUAUUUCAAUAUUCGGGAGCGGAUUUAAUUACCCGCUCCUCCCCCCGGCAGACGCGAUUGAAUGGUGCGCAAUCUCACCUUCAUCUGGAGGUAUAAUACUAAAGCUGAAGUGCAAGCCACAACCUACAUUUUAUGCGCUAGAACAGAGUGUUCUGACCGAUCCCUCGAGAGAUAUCGUGCACGCGACUGCUUUUGCAUUUGAGUUUGUGCGAUUUAAUAACAUGAUUCAUAGUGGGGAGGACUUGGCAAUCGCAGCUAAGACCCAUGUCUUUAGGUUACAGCGGCUCAGCGAGGAACGGGCCGUGAACUUCAUUGCGUCAGUCAUCGGUGCAAUCCUCAGUCUAUAUGGUAUACACUUUGACGGGCCCAAGGAAAUCCUAGAGAAGUUGCUGCAGUCUAAGGCCAUACAGAAGAUAUUUCUAUUGCAAAUGGAACUGGGUUCCCACUUGAAGAACAAGAACGUCUAUUCUAUGGCAUAUGCCUCGAUGAAACUCAGAAGCAUCAACUUGGCCAUGAAUGGCGUAGCACGCAAUGUCCAUGCCAUGAUCCAGCACACUGCAGUAGUAAACUCUUUACCCAACGGCAGAGCGUUCCAGUUUGCGUUUUCCAAACAAGACCUGAUCUAUUCUCUCAUACCAUCGGUAAAUUGGUUUGUGUCAUUCGUCACCUUUCUAACCCAGCAAUUGAUAAUGCUCGUAAACAACCCCAUGGACAACACCCAUAGCCUCGUGCUGGGGAUAUUAUCCUGCAUAACUACACGUCACCUGAUGCUCAAGGUCAUCCUGGAACUCAAAAAUAUGAUCGGCCUCAUUACAAAGUUCCCAGAAACUACGUACACGGUCCUCAAUGAGUCGUCGCGCUUUCUCCGCAAGGCGCUGGGUGAUAGCCCUGUUAACCUUGAGAAGUUCGAGGUCUUCCUUAACGAGAUCAACAACAAGUUUCUGUCUCUUCUGGACGACCACGGCGCGCAGUCCAUGGACCGCGAGCCAUCAUUUAUGGUGAAGGCAGAAAUACCGCCUGCCCUAGGCCACGUCCGUGAGUUCCUGCUAUCGUUCGCCGGCUCCGCUCUUCUCGCACAGACCAACCUCGCUGAGGUUUUCUUUGCCUCCACACAUAACCUGCGUAUCUUCGACCACCAGCACUUCCACCCCUCUGUCGCAAACCUGCUCCAGCCCCCUGAAAAGGGUCUAGUGGUUGAUGACGCCAUCCUCCCCGACGCUUGCCGCGGUUCCAGCUCUUUCUCUCCGCUGGACUACGACGACAUAUCCAGUGAGUGGGUGGACAUGUCCGCUCUGGUUAGGAUCAAGCGCUGUGUACGCUGCGGCUGCGUCACCCGUGCCGGCAAUCCUGUGGCUAAAAACAACACCAUCCUCGAGACAUCUAUCGUCACCAAACGCUGGACCGCCCUAUAUUCCCGCUAUUGCCAGUGCACUGGCCUGCUCUACGAGCUAGAUACCCCCUAG